AUGAGUCAGCCAUCCUUACCAUUCAGAUGGCUACAUGUAGAAAAUGUGGUCCACGAGACAAAUAAAGCUAAAGUCAGACUAAUGGUUUGGGGAUUUGAAGAGAAACUUGGUGAUCCAGAUGUUAGAAUGGAUUCCCUACUGGAAAAAAAGUUAACUUUUAAGAUCUGCUUAGUGUUUAAAAAUAUACUCCUGACUCAGUUGGUCCAACUCAUGUCUCCGAAUCACAAGCUUCUGGGUUCAGCCAAAUCAAACGACCAACGGCUCCGGCACGAGGGUGCAGCUCGAGCUCAGAAGCCGGCGACCAAGACACUGCGCAGGCGUAUUCCCGGCACAGGUGUUUGGGACGGAGCGGGAGGAGGCACAACGCGCAGGCGGAGUCGGGGUAUGCCGGCUGGGCGCAGGCGUAGUACAGUUGUUUCCACCUCCGCCCCCACCCAGAAGCACCUUAGCAUUCCAGGUCUUGUGACAACCCAAAGUCGAUGCGUUCCUUGGGACCUGCAACGUUUGCGCAAUCACUGGCACUUAACCCGAGGAAGGCCGAAAGGUUGUGUUGCCAUGAAUAAAGUGGUGGUUGUAAACACAGAGGAAAGCCAGAGCUGCAGCAAAAAUACUCCAGAGCUGUCCUUCAGCGCUGUAACCCCCGAGAUGUUGGAAGAGUUUCUGGUUGAUGUGGCCAAGGAGAAUGAAAAUAACCUGCUGAACCUCUCUCAGCACGCAGGCUGUUUCAAAAAAACAACCUUAAUUGAAUUUGUUUUCCUUCUUUGUGAACAACUGGGACUUCAUCAGGUUACAGGUUAUCAAGCUGUGGAGCUAUUGGAAAGGUUUAUGAUUCGAUACAUUGAAAAACUAUAUUCAUCUACUUGCACAGGAUCUGACAAAAGUACAGAAAAACUUGGUUGGGAACAAUUGCAGGAUAUAAUCCAAGAGCAUUUUGUGCUACGGAUCAUGUCAUGUGUUCAAAUAGCAAGCAAAAUGUCAUUUCAUUACCAGAUUGUCAACAUUAGUAUGGCCCUGAAGGUUCUCCAGUCACUUGGUUGCUCAUAUAAGAAAGAAGACUUUCUGGAAUCAGAAUUGCUUGUCCUUGAAACUUUGAAUUUUCAAGUCAAUGUCCCUUCCCCUUUCACUCACACUGAAAUACUAUUAGAAGUCAUGGGGUACAAUGAUCCAUCGGUUCCCGUUAAGUAUCUACACUGUAUUUCCCUAAAGGUGCUAAAAUUUGUUUAUCUCAUGAGAAACACCAUUUACGAAAACUUACUCAAAAUUGCUAUUGAAAAUUCUACACCUAGUGAACUCCAAAGAGCAAAAUUUUUGACGGUAAAGGAAGAUUGCAUGCUUCUAGCUGUUGGGGUCAUUGGAACAAGUGCAUUCAUACUGAACUACACACCAUGGUUCAAGGUUGUGCAGCAGCUGGCUUCAAUUAGUGGUGUAACAGAAGAGAGCAUCUCUGAGUUUUCUCAAAUAAUAUUAAACAACAUUUUUCCUGGAGUACUGAGUGUCAUCAAGUCAGAUAUACAUGCUAGAAAUGAUAAAAACAGCACUUUGUUUCAGUACCACUGUGUCAUUCCUUCCCCCAUUUUUCACCAGCUAUUCUGUGACUUUGCCAUGAGAUUGCCACUAAAAGCAACUUUGGAUUACUGCCAGUUCAUUCAGAAUUAG